GCCAUCCAGCCGGAGCCCCGCGCGGCUGAGCUCAGGCCUCAGCAGCAUCCUCCGGUUGGAGCUGCCGCAGGGCAGCUGCAAGGGCCGCAGCCAUGAACGGGACGGAGGGCCUGAACUUCUACGUGCCUUUCUCUAACAAGACGGGCGUGGUGCGCAGCCCCUUCGAGUACCCGCAGUACUACCUGGCUGAGCCGUGGCAGUUCUCCGUGCUGGCCGCCUACAUGUUCCUGCUGAUCGUGCUCAGCUUCCCCAUCAACUUCCUCACGCUCUACGUCACGGUCCAGCACAAGAAGCUGCGCACGCCUCUCAACUACAUCCUGCUCAACCUGGCCGUGGCCAACCUCUUCAUGGUCUUCGGUGGCUUCACCACCACCCUCUACACCUCUCUGCACGCGUACUUCGUCUUCGGGCCCACGGGAUGCAACGCGGAGGGCUUCUUUGCCACCCUGGGCGGUGAAAUUGCCCUGUGGUCCUUGGUGGUCCUGGCCAUCGAGCGGUACGUGGUGGUGUGUAAGCCCAUGAGCAACUUCCGCUUCGGGGAGAACCAUGCCAUCAUGGGCCUCGCCGUCACCUGGAUCAUGGCUCUGGCCUGUGCCGUGCCCCCCCUCGUCGGCUGGUCCAGGUACAUCCCGGAGGGAAUGCAGUGCUCGUGCGGGAUUGACUACUACACGCUCUCGCCAGAGGUCAACAAUGAGUCCUUCGUCAUCUACAUGUUCGUGGUCCACUUCUCCAUCCCCCUGAUCAUCAUCUUCUUCUGCUACGGGCAGCUGGUCUUCACAGUCAAGGAGGCGGCUGCCCAACAGCAGGAGUCGGCCACCACGCAGAAGGCCGAGAAGGAGGUCACUCGCAUGGUCAUCAUCAUGGUCGUGGCUUUCCUGAUCUGCUGGGUGCCCUAUGCCAGCAUGGCGUUCUACAUUUUCACCCACCAGGGCUCCAACUUUGGCCCCAUCUUCAUGACCAUCCCGUCGUUCUUUGCCAAGAGUUCCUCCAUCUACAACCCCGUCAUCUACAUCAUGAUGAACAAGCAGUUCCGGAACUGCAUGCUCACCACCCUGUGCUGUGGCAGGAGCCCACUGGCUGACGAUGAGGUCUCCACCACUGCCUCCAAGACAGAGACCAGCCAGGUGGCGCCUGCCUAAGGACUCUGUGGCCAACUGUAGGAGUCUCCCAGCCCCCGCCCUCCACCCCAGCCGCCCCAUCAGGAGCCGUGCCUGUCGGAACCAGGUCACACAGGCUCCCUGAGUUUAAACAAACAAACAAAAAAAGAAUUAACGAGAGAAAAAUGAGGCUCCUCACUUGGCAGGGUCGGCCCAGUCUGGAGUCCUGAUUUCCCAGGGGCUGGUGGGAUCUGUACCCCCCUUUCCCCCCAAACUCAUCUCUCAGGCACACGAGAACUCUUGCUCUGGAAAAGUGUCCCAGCUUAGGGAUAAGUGUGUAGCACAGAGUGGGGCACAUAGUAGGUGCUUAAUAAAUGCUAGAUGGAUGAAGGAAGGAAUGAAUGGAGACAUGAAUGGAGAGAUGAAUGGGCGGAGCGAGCAUAUCUAUCCUCUCAAAACCAUGCUAGCAGCAGCAGCUCACCCUUGGCUGAUGACCUUGAGCAGUUGUUUUCCUCCUUGGGCCUCACUUUCUUCCCCCAUAAAAUGGAAAUUCCAAAUCCCCCACACAGCUGCUGUGAAGAUCAAAUGAGAUUGUGUGUGUGCGUGUGCUUGUGCGUGUGUGUGUGUGUGUGCGUGUGAGCACUUUGUAAAUGGUAAGGAGCUGUACAGACUGUAGUUAACAUUAUAAAUAAUAUCAAUGAAUAUAAUUAAUUCAUUGCUAUGAUCAUCUCCUCUUGAUAGUGACCAUUUUGAGAUUGGGCAAGGCCCUGAGCAUCCAGCCUCAGCAGGUUUAUAAAAAUGAGCCAGACGUCAAGGCCAGACCAGGCCUGGGUGUUGGGCCACGGGAGGGACAGUCAAGGAAAUGCAGAAUGCAGUCAUCAGGACUGAAAAAACAACAUCGGGGGUCCAGAGUGUGGGACCGAGGCCCGGGGAUCUCACCUCCAGCAUGGAGCCCCGGGACUAGGGCCACCCCUUUUCAGUGUGGCCCAUGGAGAGACAGGCCUUUCUCUCAGCUUCCGGAAACCACUUGUUCUCCUCCCCAGCACUCAGGCUGCAGCAUCUCUGGGCCAGUAUGGAGCUUCUAGAAGCCACGCUUACCUGCCCACAUUUAAUGGGGAGCUGGGUCCCCAAUGUCACCCUUUUCUCAAAGAGCUUAGAAACAAAGAAUGGGAAAUCUGGCUGGGCCCACCUUCCCUGGGGAUGUUCACAGGUCUCAGGUUUCGGCUCCCUUGCUGGGCGAGCCUUCAGCGGCUCCAGUCCAUUCUUCACUGUGGAGAGUCCUUGCUGUGAAACUGGCUGGGACUCUGGGGCAUCAAAACUGAGCUGCUUCAGCAACUGCCCCUCCUCCUCCACAUAACCAAAGCUGGAAGCUCUACCUUUCCGCAGCUCUGCCUGGAGAUGAAGGCAAAU